AUGCCUCCCGGACGGCCCCGUCUCGACCUGGAGCCCUUCAAGGAUGAAAUCAUUGCGGCGUUCAACCGGCGCGAAACGGUCGAGAGCAUGUUAAAAGGCCUCGCCGCAAAGGGAUACGAAGUCAACGGCAAGACGUUCCAGCGGCGGCUCCGAGAAUGGGGCCUAUACCGAUAUUCCAAGACGCCCAACAAGAAGAAUGGACGAAAUAACACAGCCGAAGCAGCAGCAGCCGUAGGCCACGCGACGGCAUCCAUCAUAAAACCCCUCUUGCAGCCUAUCAUGCAACAUGGAGAGAGGCCCGGCUCCGUAAGUUCUUGGACUCUCCAUUCCCAAUAG